CCGGAAGCAACAAGCAACACAAAACUUUGGAUCGCCCAUCUGUCGUGUGCUCGCACCUCGCCGCGCUCGCGAGUGCCUCCCACGCGUGACGCGUCGCACUCCCACGUCGUGCACGCACUCGCGCAGUCGCGCUCCCCCAGCGCUCACACGCCACCGCGCCGCCUCGCCCCCCUAUUUAGGCCCCACCGCCGCCUCACGAGUCACGACUCACGAGCACGCCACCGUCGAUUCGCCCGCCCGCGGCCCGCUUCCCCGCUCCAUCGCUGCUCCCUUGCACGCACGCACGGCACCCGCGCCCCGGCCAAAAGCCAAUUCGAAUCUCCCCGCUUCUCUGCGCGGCCGGCCGCGGCGGGGGCGGGGGCGGGGGGCUCUGCUUCGCAUUCGCAAUGCGGGCCUCCGUCGAGGAGGCGGGCGCGCUCCUGGCGCGGACCGACUCGGCCGGCCGCCGCCGCCGCCGCUCCUCGUCGCCGGUGCGGACCGCGUCCCCGAGGCCCGGUAGCCUUAGGCGCCACUCCUCGUCGUUCCGCGAGGACGUCGGGCACGCCGCCUCCGAGACGUACCUCGUCUCGCGCCUCACCUUCACCCUCCUCCAGUACCUCGGGUUAGGUUACCGAUGGAUGGCACAACUCCUUUCACUCACAAUCUACGCAAUUUUACUUAUGCCAGGAUUCUUACAAGUUGGAUAUUACUAUUUCUUUUCGAGCCAGGUUCGUAGAAGUGUAGUUUAUGGAGACCAACCCAGAAACAGGUUGGAUCUAUACAUACCAGAAGAUAAUAGUAGGCCCUGCCCAGUGAUGGCCUUUGUAACUGGUGGAGCAUGGAUUAUUGGUUACAAAGCAUGGGGUGCUCUUCUAGGACGACGAUUGGCAGAGCGAGGAAUAAUAGUUGCUUGCAUUGAUUACAGAAAUUUCCCACAAGGUACAAUAGGCGACAUGGUUCAUGAUGCUUCUCAGGGAAUUUCUUUUGUGUGCAACAACAUUGCCAGCUACGGAGGAGAUCCUAAUCAGAUCUACUUGAUGGGACAGUCAGCAGGUGCACAUAUUGCAGCCUGUGCCCUCAUGGAGCAAGCAGUAAAAGAAUCCGGUGGGCAUCCUGUUUCUUGGAGUGUUACCCAAAUCAAAGCAUACUUCGGUUUAUCUGGAGGAUACAACAUGCAUAAUUUGGUCGACCAUUUCCAUCAGCGUGGUCUUUAUCGCUCAAUAUUCCUCAGCAUAAUGGAAGGAGAGGAAUCAUUGUCACGUUAUUCUCCUGAAAUUGUUGCCAAGACAUCAAGUGCUGAAACCAUAGCUCUUCUGCCUCUUAUUGUUCUUAUGCAUGGAACUGAAGAUUAUUCAAUACCAUCAUCUGCCAGUCAAACUUUUGUUGACGUCCUCCAGCAAGCUGGUGCUCAAGCAAGGUUACUAUUGUACGAAGGGAAAACACAUACAGAUAUCUUUUUACAGGACCCUCUUAGGGGUGGAAGAGAUCCAUUGGUUGAAGACGUGUUGUCUAUUAUUCAUGCUGAUGAUGCAAUUGCACGUCAAAAGAUUGCUUUAGCACCAACUCCAAAGAGAUUAGUUUAUGAGUGGCAAUUAAAGUUGGCCCGCCAAAUUAGUCCAUUCUAGCAGGUACGGAUCACUUUAAAGUCGUCUGUGUGCAAAAUAUCUAGUAUGAAGCAUGGAGAAGCUUGAUCUGUGGAUUUUGCACCUUCUUGAGGAAAGGGUGCUCGGGGAGCCGUUGAGCUGGAUUGGAUCAGGCAAGCAAAGAAUUCUCGCGUCUUCUUUAUUUGCACAAUGCUGGUCUAGCAAUACGAGAGGAAGAAGCUACAUACUAACAUACACGACUGGAAAUGGAAACCGCAUCAUCUUUCUUAGCAAAGCUGUAUAUAAUGUUGUAUAUUGUAUUGCACAAAGGCUUGUAAUACGUUUUCUGUGCCUCGUUCCAAAAUAUAAUUCAUUUCAAAAUGCAAGUCAUUUUAGUUUUGACCUAACUUUGAUCAAGUUUAUAAAAUAUUCUGUUCA